UUCCUUAUUAACUGUCACUAUAACGUUCUUCUUCAAUUGUAAACAAAAGAAUAUUUAGAUUUUUUUUAAAAUUUAGAUUUUACACAGCAGGUACAUAAUAUUUCGGUCAUGCCCUAAAUUCAAUUGCAUAUGUAUAGUGCUAAUCUUGUUUUACAUAUACUAAAGGAGUGCAAAAUUUACCGAAAUCUAGACUAAAUUAGUUUUUUCUGCAGCCUUAAAUUUAUCAAGGAUAAGAUCAAGUCAGCACUACUCAUCCCUCUUCUCAAAAUUAUUAUAUAUUUAAGAAACAAUGUCUGAUUCAAGUAAUCAAUUCCACUGAGAUGAAACCACCGAAAGUAAAAUUUAAUUUCUAUUCUGUCUUUAAAAUAUAAAUGUUCCAUUUACAAUUUAUUUGGAGGAAAGUAAUCCAGCCAUUGAAAGAGUGCCCAUAUGAGAAAAGACCGUCCCGCCAUGCUUAAUUACUUAUAUGAUUUUGUAGAAAAAAUUGGCAAUUAUUCUUACUCCACUCUUCAUUUAGAAUAUUUAGAAAAAUACAUAGAUAUACAGUUUACAUCAUGGCUUUUGUGGCUAUUUACUCCAAUAAUUGUUGCAUUUGUUUUUCCAUUUAUAUUGUUUGUUUUCUUCUUCCUGUCUGCAUUGUUUGUCCGUGCAUACAAAUACAGAUAUCGUCUUCGCGAAGCUUAUCAUAGAGAUGUGUGGGAUGGUGCCAGAAACACACUUUCUACUCUUUGGGAUGCCCUUGGCUGGCUCUGGCAUGGUUAUGAGAUGGUUGGCAUUGAAAAUAUUCCUGAUAGUGGAGGAGCACUGUUAAUUUUCUAUCACGGUGCUAUUCCGAUAGAUUAUUAUUACAUAUUAGCCAAGACUAUCCUGAUAAAGAAAAGGUGCAUCAGAUCAGUGGGUGAUCAUUUUCUCUUUAAAAUACCUGGAUGGAAUCUUUUAAUGGAUGUUUGCCAUGUUUUUUCUGGCUCUUUCCAGCUAUGUGUUCAGUAUUUAAAAGAAGGCCAUCUUGUCGCGCUUGCACCUGGUGGAGUCCUCGAAGCACAGUUUGGAGAUGAAAAUUACCAACUCAUGUGGGCAAAGAGAAUUGGCUUUGCAAAAGUAGCUUUGGAAGCGCAAGUGCCAAUAGUUCCAAUCUUCACUCAAAAUCUCAGAGAAGCUUUCAGGUCUGUGAAAACCGGAAGCCGUUUUUUAAGAAAAAUCUAUGAAAGAACUCGAUUUCCUGUACUUCCCAUCUACGGGGGGUUCCCUGUAAAACUAAAAACUUUUAUUGGUCCUCCUAUUCCUUAUGAUUCUAAUCUAACUCCUGAGGAAUUAGCAUCAAAGACUGCUGCAGCUAUAGAAUAUAUGAUAAAUGAACAUCAAAGAAUGCCAGGAAAUAUUUUAAUGGCAUUGGUUGACAGAGUUUAUGAGAAGCCAAAACUAAAAAACAUUUAAACUGUGAUGAUUGUAAAGUUGUACAGACUUUUUAUAAUAUUUCAUUUGAAAAAUAACUACUUAUGAUGUCUUUCUUUGUGUUUUUAUCGAAAGUAUUAUUUACUUGCAAGCAUUUUUCUCAAGUUGUAUGUGUUUUUACCUUUUAUUUAAUUAAAAUUAUUUUAUUUAUUAAUUAUAAUUUUUUUUUUUUUGUAUUUUUAUGUUAUACCAAAAACUUUAUAGUUUACUAUUUCUCAGAUCAUUUAUUCUUACGAAUCUAAUGUAUAUAAUAUUUUUGAGUGUUGAUCUUUAUCAAUUUUCUGCUUUGCAGCUUUACUGCUAAUUCAUUUCAAUAGUAUUUUAUAUAAAUCAUAUAUGACUUUGUCAAUUGUUUAAUUUAUCAGUUAAUACUAAAAAAAAUCACAAUUCUAUGUAAAACUGUUCUUGAAUCUGUAGAUCAUAUCCAUAUCAUUUGAUAUUUUAAAGAGGUUUUUUUUUCGUGCAUUUAAUUAAAAUCUGACUUUUUACUUCUGUUUUGUAAUUUUCUCGUUGUUGAAUUGAGAGUGUUUGAAAUGAUUUAUUCACAAUUUUGGAUGUAAUAAAAUUUCAUUUUUAGUGGUUUAAUACACUGGUGUGAAUUAUCUAUAUAUAUUUCUUUAUUUACGUAUAAUAUUUUUUAUCUGUAUACUUACUUCCAAAUAUAAUUUUAAUUAAUGCAAAUGAAACUAUUUAGUAUUUAUGUUUUACUUAUUUGUUAUAUGUUGAGUGUUUUAUAAAUUCAAACAUUUAUCAAGUCUAUUGACAAUAAUAAUUUAUUUUAAAAAGAAUUAUUAUUAUUAAAUGGUAAGUAUAUAUUCCAUAUAGUCAAAGAGCCUCAAUUUCAAAUUUUUUAUGAGUUUUUAUUUGACCUAUCACAGUAAUUUUUUUUCAUUUAACGUUAUAGUAUGAUUUGAUUGUUUUGAAAGGACAUGACAAAUUAUCAAAUAUUUAUUUUUAUCGAUGAUUGUCGAGGACAUGUUUAAUGCACGGGUUCAGAAAUUGAAACUGCAGAUUUCAACUUGUGGAUCGCUUAAUUUAUAAAAUUGUUAAAUAAUUAACAGUUUCAAAUAAAUCAAACAAUGAUUUUGAAAUGAAAAUGUAUUUAUCAACAUAAAAAUUAUAAGAAAGUAAUGAUGAAUGAAAUAAUAAUUUUGUGUUUAUAAGGAUUGUUUUUAUUUUGAUUUAAAAUUAUUAUAUGCUUUAGUUAUCUAAAUAAUCAGUUGAGUUCUGAAUUUGUUGAAAUUUUACAUCAGAGAUUUUUCAAAGAUCCAAAAUGGUUGGCUUUUGGCAAUAUUGAUAUUUUAAAGAUGUUUUUUGUAUUAUUGGUUAAACAUUUUUAUAUCAAAAGGCGUUUCAUCUCAAUUAGAGAGAACAGUUUUUUGUACUUGUUAUUUUCAAAAGAAAAGAUAUGAAAUGAUUCAUUUAUUUUUUGUAUAACACGUUUUAUCUUAAAUGUAUCUUGUAUGUUUCAUUUUAUUUUUCUACAAAUUGUGCAUCCUAUCACAUUGAAUUCUCAAAUUUCAACUCCCCCCCCCUGAUCUUUGACAAAACUGUUGCUAUGCAAAUGUUAUGAGUGAAAAAUGUGUGUUAUGUGAUAAUUGUGUGUUGUCUUAGUGAUUCCUUUUUCCUCUCUUCUCUGAAGUAUUGUAUGCAUUAAAAAUUACUUUAACAGCUAUAAGAGUGAAAUGUUUUCCAAAGAAUUUAAUAAUUUUUAGAUAAUAUCUUUUAGUAUUUUGACUCAAUAUGGAUUGAUUGCUCUAAAACUGCAUUUUUCUUCUAUUUCAAUGAAACUUUGUUCUUCAAUAUAAAACUCUUAUUUUUUUUUUAAACUGUUGGGAGAAAAUUUCAUAAAUUGUAUUAUUACGACAGUUUCAAGUAGGUAGAAAUUCUAAAACAAAUUAUUCAAUUGAAAGAUUCUAUUAAUUCUUAAUUUGAAUUUUUAUUCUGAAUUUCUUACAAAAACUGAUCUGAUGCAAAUCUUAUCACUGAAAAAAUGUGUUACUUAAUUGUUUCACACCUUAGCAUUAGCAAUGUAUGUGUUAUGGUGGAAGUGUAAAAUUCAGAUAUUUUCCAGAAUAACUAGAUAUUUCAUGAAAUAACUAGACAAGUCCGUUAAUGUCUAUUCAUGCAUUACCUAGUUAUUCUUUGAAAUGACUUAUAAUGGAUUGUUAAAGUGAAAAAUGAGCAAUUUCAAAAGUUAUUUUAUAAAUAAGUAGACAUCCAUAGCUAAAAUAUCUCGAAAAACACAUUUUAUCCCUAUUGUGGAUGAUUAUUUGAUAAAUAAUAGACGAUAUAAUUUAUUAUUGCUCAUAUUGAUAACUUUUUCUAAAAGCAACGGAAUGAAACGUACGUCAUUUCAAAACAGCUAAAGCUUUGUUGCAAGUGAAAGAGAAAACCUCUUUGCAUCAAAGUGCACUCUAAAUGGAUGCUAAGCUCCAAACGCAAACGAAUAUCAACAUCGCCGACUUACCACAGCCUUCUUUUUUUGCUUAUUAAAGAAGAAAAAUUAAAUUUCUAUCCGAUUUUUAUAUUGUUUUGAAAGCCUUAUGAUACAAAUUAAUGGCUAAAUAAAAUGGAAGUACAUGCAUCCGUGGACGUUUACUUAAAUCCUAUACCGCAAUGAUCUUUUCUUAACUUGCUACGGAGUAUAGAACUGGUUCGAGAGAACUUUCGAAUGUUCGUAUUUCAUACUUUAAUGAUCCAGUAAUCGUUAUUCUAUAGAAUGCGUAGUGAAAUCGUAACAUUCAAUAAUUUUAUAUACUUUGACUUGUGUUGUUAUUCCAUUAAAUAACGGAUUUCACACUUUAAAGGUAACAAUAGUUGAAUGGCUGCUAUAAGAGAAAAAUGUUUUCCAAAGAAUUCAUAUUUUUAGGCGUUUUCCAGUUAAUAUUUUUUGUAUUGUUUUUAUUUAAUCUGGACUGGUCUAAAACUGCGUUUUUCUAUGAAAAUUAAAUUUUAUUCUGUAAUAUGAAAAGUGGUAAGCGGAAGUGUUAUAAAGUGAGUUGUUACAACAGUUUUAUAAUUAUAUUAUUAAACGGAAAUUAUAAUCAAAACAUGUUAUGGACUGUUUAAAUAAGCAUCAUUAAAAACUGUGGUGUAAUAAGUUGAAAGAAAUAGUAUUGAGUUUUAAAUCUUAAAAAAAUUUAGCAUUAUUUUCAGAUCAGUCAGAUUCAGUAGCUUUAACUUAUUAUUAAAUUUAUCCUCGAAACUUAAUUCUUGAACAAAAAUUUGUACUACAAAAAAGAACUGAAAACUGCAUAAGCUAUUUCAAGUUGCUUCACAUAAAUGAUGGAUUAGGCUUUCAGAUCUUUUACUUUAAUGAAUUUACUUUUGUAAAAAUGAUAAAAAAUAAUUUUAUGAUUUGGUUUAAGGAUUAUAGUGACAGGUAUGAUUUUGUGCUUUCUAAACAGUCACUUCUACUAUUUGAUUUCACCAUGUUUGUGUAUGUUGAAUUAAUUUUAAUUUGUAAAUAUAUCAAAAAAUAAGUUCUCAACAUUCGUAAAUGUGUCUUAUGAAAAAUAAAUACGUUAUAUAUAAGUUAAUCUUUAAAGUAUAUUGUUCAUGAAUGUUUUACUUUAAAUGUAAAAAAAUUUAUUCAGUAGUGAUAAACCCAUCAAUUAUUCACUUUUUUAUGUCAAAAACGUUUGGUUUCACAGUUAUAACAAAAUGUGUUUAUCUUUUCCAAUCUCAAUGUAAAGAAAAAAUCCUUCAUUUUAUCUAUUAUUUGUGGGGAAUGACUUCUCCCAUUAAUUUCAACCUAUUGAUUAUAGUCCAGAACACCGUCCUGUGAUACAACUGGAAAUAUCUAUUUAUUUUCAGUGAUAACUUUUGUGGCUUUAUUUUCUGUCUUCUUUUUUGCUUUGUGAUGUGUUUUUGCCUGUGUGAUUGUGUGUGUUUUGUAUGUUGUGAAAUAUAUAGUGUAUUUUUAAAAUAACUAAGAAUAAAAUUAUGAGCAAAAAUGUA